CGGGUCCGGGGGGCGACGGGCGGGCGCUCGGCGGGGCCAUGGCGCUGCGAGCGCGGGCGCUCUACGACUUCAGGUCGGAGAACCCGGGGGAGAUCUCGCUGCGGGAGCACGAGGUGCUGAGCCUGUGCAGCGAGCAGGACAUCGAGGGCUGGCUGGAGGGCGUAAACAGCCGCGGCGACCGCGGCCUCUUCCCGGCCUCCUACGUGCAGGUGAUCCGCGCCCCCGCCGCCGAGCCGCCGCCGCCCGCCCGUUACGCCAACGUCCCCGCCGGCGGCUUCGAGCCGCUGCCGCCGCCCGCCGCCUUCAAGCCGGCCGCGCAGCAGCCCGAGCCCUUCCCGCUGCCGCCCGCCGCCGCCGGGUACCCCUUCCCGCCGGCGCCCUACGGCGGCUCCUACCAGCCCAGCCAGGGCAGCGAUGACGACUGGGACGACGACUGGGACGACAGCUCCACGGUGGCGGACGAGCCGGGAGCCCUAAGCAGUUCCUACCCCGACUACGAGGCGGCUGGUGGCGGCGCGGCGCCGGGCCGAUACCGGCUGUCCACGCGUUCCGAGCUGUCGCUGGGCUCCCGCGGCGGCGGCCACCCCGCGGGACACCCACACCCGUCCGGCGGCGGCGGGGCCAAGAGCUCGGCCACCGUGAGCCGCAACCUCAACCGCUUCUCCACCUUCGUCAAGUCGGGAGGGGAGGCCUUCGUGCUCGGAGAGGCGUCGGGCUUCGUGAAGGACGGGGACAAGCUGUGCGUGGUGCUGGGCCCCCGCGGCCCCGAGUGGCAGGAGAACCCCUACCCUUUCCAGUGCUCCAUUGAGGACCCCACCAAGCAGACCAAGUUCAAGGGCAUGAAGAGCUACAUUGCCUACAAGCUGGUGCCCAGCCACACCGGGCAGCAGGUGCACCGCCGUUACAAGCACUUUGACUGGCUCUACGGGCGCCUGGCUGAGAAGUUCCCUGUCAUCUCCGUGCCCCACCUGCCUGAGAAGCAGGCUACUGGCCGCUUCGAGGAGGACUUCAUAUCCAAACGUCGCAAAGGCCUGGCCUGGUGGAUGGACCACAUGUGCAGCCACCCCGUGCUGGCGCAGUGUGAUGCCUUCCAGCAUUUCCUCACUUGUCCCAGCACGGAUGAGAAGGCCUGGAAGCAGGGCAAGCGCAAGGCCGAGAAAGACGAGAUGGUGGGUGCCAACUUCUUCCUGACCAUCAGUGUCCCCACUGGCCCUGGGGCUGUCCUGGACUUGCAGGAAGUGGAAAGCCAGGUGGAUGGCUUCAAAGCCUUCACAAAGAAGAUGGAUGAGAGCGCCCUGCAGCUUAAUCACACCGCCAAUGAGUUUGCCCGCAAACAAGUCACUGGAUUCAAGAAGGAAUAUCAGAAGGUGGGGCACUCCUUUAAGUGCCUCAGCCAGGCAUUUGAGCUGGACCAGCAGGCCUUCUCUGCUGGCCUCAACCAAGCUAUAGCCUUCACUGCAGAAGCCUACGACACCAUCGGGGACCUGUUUGCAGAUCAGCCCCGACAGGACCUAGAUCCUGUGAUGGAUUUGUUAGCGCUGUAUCAGGGGCAUUUGGCCAACUUCCCAGACAUCAUCCAUGUCCAGAAAGGUCUGAAGGUUCAUUGGAUUGAGCCCUACAGUGAAGAGCGUAAUGGGAUGGAAAUGCUGCAGUUCCAUCUGGAAGUGCUCAGGAAGAACUUCCCACUGAGACUGGAAGCAGAGCAUUUCUGUCCCAAGACACAGAUUCCUUACAAACAAGUUGUUGAGAUACAUUUUAUUUUGAAAACUAAGUGCUUAUGGGAAAAGUGACCUUUGUAGGAGGAGGUGAUGGUAGAGUGUGGUCUCUGAGCAUCUAAGCACCCAAACUCCUAAAAAUCUAGUCCUCAACCCCUCAUAGGAAAGUUUGUCUAGCAUGCUUAUGUGAAAUAUUCCUGUGCAUACCUGUGUUUUUUGGAAUGGAAGAUGCAAAUAGUUAGACAGAUAUACUUGUACUUAGUUUUCUUUUGCCUCUGGCAAAACGUUUGUAAACAGGAGUAUUAAGUUCAGUAGGCCUGAUAACUGAUCUGCACCUUUGCUCAUCAUUGUCAUUUUGCAGAAUUAGCGUGUCUUUCAAGAAAUAAUACAUUCAGUUGCUUUAGUCUUGAGAAGAAAAACAUCCUGUCGUCUUUAUUUAUGUGUUUUUAAGGUCUACUUGUGGAAAUUCCCUAGGCAAUUUUGGCAAAAUAAUUCCUAAACAGUAAUUACUGUAUCUUCACUAAACUAAUGAGAUUGCUUUACUUCCAUAAUCUUCAGCACAUACUGCAGGCUGGUGCAAGUUUAGGUUCAGGAAAUGUAUGCACAUGUAAGAAUUUGAAAUGGUAUAUGUGUGUAUACAGUUGGUGUAGUGCAUUCUUGUCUGGCUGUCUCAUUGUGAUACUUGCAUAGUGAGAGUAGAGAAGUUAUUGGAGUUUGUUUGUUUCCAAUCCUCUUUGAGGAAUUAUUAUAAUAGGACUUUUUUUUUUUUUUUUUUUUUUUUUUUUUAAAUUUCUGUCAGUGGAAGAAACACUGGCUGACUUUGUUUCAUUUCUGCUUUCCAGAACCAUUCUUUAUUGUAUUUUGUUAACACUAAAUAAAUUUCUGAUUACAAUUUUUGCAAAACGCACUUGAAAUAGUGGUUUACAAACUCUCUGAGAUGUAGGUGGUACACCAGGAUCUAAAAUAAUUAUUUUAAGAAUAUCUGAAUGAUGCAAUUACUUUUUCAUCACUGUUUGUGAAAAGUAAAAUAAAGCAAAUAUCCUUAUUUGCUUGAAGCAAAUUUAAUUCUGCACAUUGGCUCUAAAAAUGUGCUGGGUGUUGUUUUAGAGUAACUUUAAUGGGGUGAAACAGCAUUCCAGCUGUUAACACAUUGAAAUUUCAAGCAUGGAAAAGCCCCAAACAGCACUGAAACCUGGAGUUCUCUUUGAUGUUUUCUGCAGUUCUUGUGGGACCGGGAGGAGGGAGAGGGAAGAGGGCUUGGUGCAUCACUGAGCGAAUAAGGCUGGUCAAAAUUCAUGCCUAAUCGUUAAUAACAAUGUAAAAGCAGUGCCCAUUUCUCUUGCUUGCUUUCUAGCUCAUUAAAUUUGUUGUAGAGACUUGUUCUUUCCUCUGUCUCUUAUUUUUCCUUUUAUCCACCUUCUUCUGUCUCUGGUACACAAACACAUAUACCUUGCAUGGAGUUCAGCUCAGUUAACUUAAGUGCCUGAAAGCGGGGCAUGUAAUCCUAGCCAGAUGACCCCUAUAGCAGUAAAAAGAGAUGGAUACCAAUGUUUCAGGUGCUUAAGGACUUUUGAUGAACAAGAAUGGAUUGUCUUAGGAUGUCUGCUGCCAUCUCUCUCAGCUUCCCCAUUGUUAUUACAAGAAAGAUGUGGCAUUUUUAUACUUGCUGCCUGAAUCACCCAGUUUCAACCUCCCACUACUUGAAAGUGGCCUAGAAGAAAUAAAUGUUUAGGUGUCUAAAUCCUGAAAGGAUCCUCACAGUUAGUAUCAGUGUAAAGUUACAGUUUCCUUUGUGUGUGUAAAUCACACAUCAACCAAGAAUGGACAGGGCUGAAAUUGAGCAAUGCCCUUAUAUGAAGGGGCUUAAACAGAAAUCAGAACUUUUGUGUCCUAUCUGCCAAAAAGUUGCAUUUGUCUUUUUAAACUAUUGUCUGAUUGCUUGUUUUUUUUUCCUUUUUUCCUUCCUCUCCCUUAUCUCUUCUUACCUUAUCUUUCUGAAUGAACAGGAUUCAUGCAAGUAAGAUGUUUCUCUUUCCCAGUACCUUUUGGAACUUGUUAGCCUGAUAUUCAAGUUUGAUGGUUGCGGGACAUUUCAAGAAUGAUAAAAUCUCAGUGAUUAUUUUUCAGCAAACAGCUGGUAGCACAGGAAGGACUGCAUGCGUUACUGCACACCCCCAGGUCUGCAUGUUGCAGGACUACCAUUUAAUACCAACAGGCUAGAAGAUGUUGACCCAGGCUCACACUUUCAGUUUUGACUGCAGGCAGUGGAUAUUCUUGAGUUCUUGCUAAAUACAUGCAUUAGAGCUUUGUCUACUGGAAAGACCUUGAGGACAGCUAGAGAGUAUCGGGACAAUGCAGAAAUUAAAGUAGAAAUUAUUUUGUAAAAGGAAGAAGCAACUUCAUUUCAAAGGCUGUGUAAUAGCUUUUCAUCUUGAAGUUUCUAAUAAUCGUGGUGGUGAGAAAGGAUUCCUUGUCUGCCUACAGCUGGGAGGUUUUCAGGACUUCUAUGAAUACAGAAAUUAACAGAAUUGAGAUACGGAAAACAGAAAGCAAGUCCUAGAGCUCUCCCAAGUCUUUGUAAGUGCGUUAUCAAUACUGAACAAGCUGGCUGAUUUUUCUAUUUUGUAAGUCACCUUUGAAACAAGGACACGUUUCAGCCUUUCCAACAUCUUUUCCAUGACUUCAUCGUUAGAAUUUGUUUGAACAGUUAAAAUGCCAAGUUAAAGUGUGCAGACUGUAUAAACUCAUCCAGAUGGUACCUUUUUUAUUUUGAAUUGCCUCAUUCAAACAGCAAAGAUUGGAAGUUUUAAUAAAAAAAAAAAAAUGAAAUCACAUUUGGCGUAGCCCCCAAAGCUUUUACCUUAUCAACAGACUGGAUCAAAUAAAUAGCAAGUGCUUACUACACAGUGUAAUAUAUAUCCUUCAUGAAGGCCAUGAGGAUGAACUUCAAUAAAAUUUAUUUUAAAAACAUUAAAAAUGCGUUUUAAAAUUUUGAGUCAGUGCCUCAUGAAAUCGGGGCCAAUAUCUGUAACUUAACAAUCUGCUCGGGCCUUGUUAGUAUCUUUGGGCUGUCCAGCCUGUUUUGGGUAGGUAUACAUCAUAUUUGGGCAGCUUCUCAGGUUGUGAUGAGCAAAGCUGCCCUUUUUAUGUUUGUAUGGAAUGUGAAAAGCAAUGCAAAAAGCAGAUUAAUGCUUUGGUUUGCCUUGGCUGUUUGUAUUGCAAGGAAGAGUCUUCUUCGCUUUGUCCUCACAGAUAUGCUGCAGCAUGCAGGUUUCUAAAAGAGAACAUCUAGAUGCACUAGGGAAAAAUGGAGCAGGAUCUGCAUUUGAUUUGCAUCUCUACUCUUCUCAUAUGAAGUUAUGUGAAUGAGCCAUGCAUGUUAUAUUUGCUCACCCUAGGACUGUUGUAGAACUAUGCAGAAGAUGGUGGGCAAUCAGACUCUGUGAAUUGUCCUCAUUUUUAGCAUCUCUUUUGCCUUUUUGGGAGAAAACAUCCACAAGCAGGUCUUUCAAAGCAGGGAUAGGUGAAAUCUGCAUUUAUACUUUUCUUGAUAACAUUGUAAUAUAGUUAUUGAUAUAUUUUGUAACCUUUGUUCUCCUUUCCAUACAUAUCCUAUAAAAUCUGAGAAAAUUUUGAAGCUGCUGUUUAACACUACGUUGCUUAUAUCAGCUUUGGCAAUACCUUAUAUUCAUCUUCUAUAGAUCUGCAGUGCCUGUUGUUACUCUUGAAUGUAAGCUCCUAAGACAUGCUUAAAGUCACAGAGAAGUUUCAUCUCAGUACUUGUGUGAGUUGCAAUUGCUUACAUUUUUAAGUGCCUGUCCAGAAACUGUUCAGUCACUUACAAUGUUACUUGCUUUUUGAAGGGCAGAUGUAUUGCAUUUCUAACUAGCUUGAUUUUACAGUUCAUGCCUUUAUGUACUUCUAGCAUCAGCUGAAGUGCUUUAGAAGCAAACCUCCUUAAACUGGAGAUAGAUUGUACUUUCCUACAUUUCUGUCUGAGAACUGGGUAAAGUCUGUGUUAAGGAAUGUUUGCCUCAAAAGCUGUGAUGCGAAAUGCUAUGUUUGUGAUAAUAGAAAGCAGUGGACAUCAUUUAGCUGGAUUAAAUUUCUGCAGACAGUCCUUCUCUCUGGCAUCUUUAUAGGUAAUGUGCAGUGAGAGAACACUUGCAAGCACAUGCUACAGUAUUAUAGUCGUUUGCUGAAAAUGCUGUCUGCAUAUGAUACAUCUAAAAUGUAUGUAUUUUAAAAUUGCUGCAUACAACCUUUGAAAAAAUAACCUUUCAAAAAGUUUUCACAAUUUUUACCUAGCAGUGUGUGUUCUGUUAAUGGGAUUGUGCAGAGUGAUAGAUGCUUGUUAUUCAGUUGUGUUUGUGUCCUUCGUUUAGCUGUCUUGUUCUCACCUCCUCUUAUCAACAUUUUUAAAGGCAAACUGUGUCGUGUGACUUCUUUUGUCCCCUGCCUGGCUUACUGUAACAUCCUUGCUGGAGCUGCUAGAUUUAUAUGGGGGACUCUAGAGCCAGUGUGCACCUUGACAAUGUGAUCGUGAGCACACUCAAGUAUGAUAAUGGUCAUUGUUUCACUGGAUAAAUAGGUGGGCCAUACCCUUCCUAUAUGUGCACACCAGUUCACAGCUGUAUGCGUAACAACUUAAUCAGAUCUUAAAUCAGUCUUUUUUUUUUUUUUUAAGAUUGCAGUUAGGCAUGUAUAGUAUCCAUUAGCACUGGCACUUCAUUUAAAAUUGAAUGACAUUUGACACUGUGCCUUCUAAAACCAUUAUUAAUCUGUUAGUAGGAAUUAAAUCAAUGUGCAUGCUAAAACCACCAGAGACUGAAAUUUGUCAAGUUUCUGAAAUCCAUGGAAAAGACUGCUUUUUUGUUGCAUGAUAUCUGCAUUGUGUAAACCAGAGCAUGGUUUUAUAUGAACUGAAGAAUACAUGUAAGUGACAGCUUUCAGUGAGCUUUGCAGCAGAGUAGCUGGAAGAAAAAAUGGUUCUGUCUGACAUUAAUAAUGCUGCAGUCAGUCAGCGUUAGCCUGGACAUUAGCAGAACCCUGUGAUUUGUGAGCCUGAAUUUAUGGGACAGUGUUAUUUGACUCUGAUCUUUUUGAGCAAUGGCAUAACAAAAAAUAUUUCCUGCUUAUCCUUAACCACAGAUAAGCUGCAUUUUCUAAAACCAUUAGAGCAACUUUCCCAUAUCUGUACAAACCCCUUUAAUACUGAAGUAAUCAUCAUUUUAAAUAUUUUGCUUUAAAUUUCUGACUUACUUUCAGGAGGAAAAAUAGAAUAUCCUUAAAAGAGUUUUCCUCCAUCAAGGAGAAGAAUAUGAAUUAGAAAGUUUUGUUUUGAAAACUGUUUCAUGUUGACACUUUCAGGAAAGACAAGUAACUUCCUCAUUUUGCCUUCGAUGUUGAAGAUUGCUUGGUUUUUUUUUGUUUGUUUGUUUGAGCUUAAAACUCUAAAACCAGAUUUCAAAGUAGGGGGUUGUUCCUUCAUUAGUUACAGUAUUGCUACAUUUUCACUGUGACCUUCUUUUGUGCAGUUAAGUCUGUAUUGGAGGAUGCUUCUGCUUUUAAUUUCAGGGGAAUUCCCAUUAUACUGCUUUCCAUUCUAAAUCUCUGCCAGAAAAUGUAAAGAAUUUGCAGAAUCUUAACUUAAUGUAGGCUCCUUUUGUUAAUCUGUGCUCACAGCAUUCUUAAGCAAAUAAUCUGUCAGUGUAAUAAAAUCUCUAUUCUACCACACAUUGUUUCAUCAUUUUGAUUUGAACCAAGAGUGGGAAGUUUCAGAGCUUGCUUCAGAGUGGGAUUCCAAGUGAGGUGUAAUCCCACCUGGUGCUGCUGCUCGUUCCCAUGUUUUGGAGGUCAUCACUGCAUAGCCGAGAGCGAGCUGGCUGGAAGUGCUGAGCCAUCAGUAAUGCUAAGCCCCAUGGGCUCCUCUCCUCCAGGCCCGAUGCGGGCUCUAUGGAGUUACUGAUGGCGGCCGGCCUCAUGCAGUGAUGUAAGUGGGAUGGCCAUGUAGGUGGCAUCAGCCUGAUGGUGGGAGACCUGUUCCUGACAGGGUUGUUUGUUUCAAAAAGAGAGUAAAUCAAAGCUGCACCUACAUGCGUGUGGGCUGCCUGGGGUUUGUUGCCAGCCUUUCAGCAGAGAGCUGUAGUUAAAAAAAACUCAUUAUCAGGUUCUGUGGUAAGAGAAGAGUAAACUCAUUUCUUGUUACUUUUUCUGCUUUUGCAUCCUUUUAUGAAAGCCACUGAAAGUUAUGUGAGGUAUUUCUCCCUCUUCUUAGAGAUCAUGUCUGAUAAAGCAAAGGGAGUUGAUGUUUGAAGUUCUCACUUCAGUAGUGAGUGGUGUGCUUUAAAGGCCGCUGUAGACGCCUAUGUUGUACACUUUAAUAUGAUGGGUGGCCGAAUGGCAUGGAAGCACAAGUUAUUUUGCUUCCUAGCAAGUGAUGCUCCAAAUCUUAUUUUGUUGUUUGCAGACGGUUGGAAAGCAAAACUGAAUGUAUUACAUAGGUCACUGGAUUGUCACAGGACUUCUCAGAUCAAACUGCUGAACAAUCCUCUUUGUUAAAACCCUGAGUUUCUGUGAAGAACACUAUUUUUUCUGACUUCGGCUUUCUUUCCUCAUGAAGAAGUCAUCCUUUAGAGGAACCUUUGUACUUUGACACAAAUUCUUGAGGGAGGCUGUCUCAUCAGACCUUUUUGGCCUCUCAAAGGAGGCAUUCAGGAGCCUGCUGCUCUUUGUUUGUGCCACACUUGCCACUGAUACAAAAGCCAGAACAAUCACGUUCCCCAGAUUUUUCCACCCUGCCAUUUCUAGGGCUACUCUCUUUCUCAGUGCCAUUUAUGAAUGGAAUAAAUGUGGAUUUGUUUUUGGGGUGGUUGAUGUUCCUGCACUGCAUUUGCAUUGCUUCUUCUCACCUGCAGCAGGAUCACCACCAGACCUACAAUGCUGGCGGUGAAAGAGCAGCACGUGAGGAGAAGCAUGUGGCUUUUUCCCCCAGCCACAUUAGAGAUAUAAUUCAGAAGACUCUUCUCUGAAAUGUGUCAAGAAGUACCACAGGGCUAACUUCUUUCUUUCUAUAUCUUCUUUCAUUCAUUUUGUGUUUUGUCUUGUUUUUCAGCAUUUCUCUAGCAUGAGGUAUAAAGAAUAACAAAAGUGUAGAGUUUGAAGUAAAGUUUUGUAGUAUCAUAACAAUUUACACAUAUGUCAGUUACUUGUGAAAGAAAAUUAGUUGUUUCAGUUUAGCAUAGAAUCAUAGAAUCUAGACUUGGAAGGAACCUUUAAAGAUCAUCUCAUCCAAUUCUGCUGCAAUGAACAGGGUCACCUACAGCUACAUCAGUUUGCUCAGAGCCCAGUCCAGCCUGGCCUCGAGCAUCUCCAGAGACAGGGCACCCAUCACCUCUCUGGAUAGCAUGUUCCAAUGCCUCACCUCCUUUAUUGUAAAAAACUUUUUCCAUAUAUCCAAUCUAAAUUUCCCAACCUUUAGUUUGAAAAUAAUUCAUCAUUAAGUGAAGGAAAUAUUUGAAUAUAUGUGAUUACAAUUUUAGUAUCUUAAAAGUUAACUUCCUUCUUCAGUCUAAGUAAGUUUUUAAGUUCAUUAUUUUGGACUGAAAUACCAAAGACACUGGUGGUAUACGUUCUAGAGCAUGACUGUGAGACACAGACCUGCCUAAAUUCUCAGACCCUCACUGCUGCUGCCAUAUGUUGUAUUUUAGUCAUCUCAUCUCACAUUGCAAGUCCAUAGGUAAUACUGCUGUAUGAAGUUAAAUCACUGCUGUUUAGAUUGCAAUUUCGUAGAUCUUCUUCAGAAGAGAGGCACAGUUUUGAGCAGUAGCAGUGCUGACUGCUUCUAUUUUCGAAGAUUUGAGCAAGCCUAGCCAUGAAACAGAUGUCACUUGUACUAAGCACUGUACAAAAACAAUGCAAAAAGGGGCACCUGACCCAGAGAAUUCCCUUUCUUGAGGUUUUUCUUCAUUUGAAUUCAUGACUCCAGGUGCAGCUGGAGUUUCCCUGUUUCUCCUGUAUGCCCAUUCCAAAGUUGACAUUCAUGUGCUGCAUUGAGGAGUGAAGCUGAGCCAUGGGAAGUUGUUUUCAUGAGCUCUGAUCUCCGAGACUUCUGCAUUCUAGUGACAGUGCAAGAGUGCAAGCUGCAGGCUUGGGCAGCAUUGCGCAUGCUAGACUUGAGGAGCCAGGUUAGGGCUAGCUGCUGGCAGCUGAUCAUAUGUCAUUUGUUGUUACCCAUUCCCCAUGGAUAAACAAAGGCUUAGAGAUACGUAUACCUCCAUGUGAUAUGAUCUGCAUUUUGGCUUUGGUGCACAUGCUUACAGAAUGGAGGACAGCGAGUAUGUGCUCAUGUGUAGGUUUGAACCAAUCCUUGGUUGACUGCUCACACUAUCUCAAAGCAUUUUUGAGUGUGAUAAAACUGCAGUUGAUUGGAAAAUGUAUUGUUUGACCCAAACCUGAAUGCUCUCAGGUUGGAAAAAAUAUUUUUUUAAAUUUUGUUUUCCUGAAUGUGUUUAAUUUCUUCUGCUUGAUUGCAACCUCACGCUUGCAUGACCAGCUUCCUUACUCAAUACACUUCUUUUUUUGCCUAGUAACCCCUCUGAGCCUAUUUAAAUUGCUAUUUGUAUAGCGUGUUUCACAGCUUGGGACUAUUUAUUUUUAGCAGAGUCUUUGUUGCCUCUGUCUUCAUGGCUGCUAGCACAUCGCUAUAAAUGUUCCUUGUUAAACAUGUUCAUAUCAUCUAGUGUUGUCUAAUCUCUUACUUCAAAGUAAGUACUGAAACCUGUGAGUUUCUAAAAGCCCAUAGCAGCAUUCAAGAAGCAGAAUUAUCUAUUUAACAUCAGGCUUUGGGGAGAUGAAAAAUAGCAUUCACAUCUGCUCUUCCUUACUUUUGGGAACAGAAAUAGAUAUAGCACAGCCUUUUGCAGUGUCUGCAAUCCAAGCUGUUUUUGCUCAUUGAAAGGUAGCCCUGGUCCCUGAAAUCUCCUCUCUGGACACAGGAGCUUUUAAUCAAACCAGAAGGUUUUAUGCGCAGGGAAAUCUCUACAAGUUUCAGCAAGCAUCAGUGAAUGUCAGCAGGUGCCAUUUUUUCCACAUGGAGGAAUUCACUUCUUUGAUGCCAUUUUGUCAGACUGCCCCUCUGCUGCCACUUGUCCUACGGCAACAACAUGUAACAGAAUACUGGCAGGAAGGUUCAACCUCUACUGCCACACCACCAGCACCUGCCUCUGAUGUCGUGGGCCAACAGGAUACAGCAGGAAGCAUUACUUUCAGAGCAGCACUCAUAAAUUAGGAGGUGCCUCUUUUGAUGCUUUUUUCCUAAAAUGUGAAAAAGCCUUUUCUAGAGCAGCCAGAAUUCUGUUUGUUUGAUUUUGUUUGUUUCUUUGUAAAUACACCUUUCUGUUUUGGAUCAUCCAAACCAACACUUGAUGUUCAGAUUUCUGAAUCCAGGAACCAGGAGAUUGGAAUGGAAUACUUGGAAGGGACCUGCAGAGGUCAUUGAUCCCACCCUCAGGGACUGUUGUUGGCAUGCUCAGCCCGGCCACAUGACCAGGAGGUGCAGGUGUGUGUGAAAGGGUCAGGAGGGGCUGGCCAGGCCAAGGAAAGGUGCAUAUAUCAGUGUUAAUGAAGCUGCUUGCAAAGCUGUGCAAGCAAAUAACACUUUUUUUCUCCUAAGAUUUGCUAAACUAAAGCUUGCAAGCUUCAGUAGAUGCUGAAUUAGUUAAAAUUUAUAUUUGAAUGUUUUUAUGAUUGAUUUUUUCGUGAUUGCGUAUCUUUUUAAAUAAAGCAUGGUUUUUUUUGUAUUUGGGGAAGGUUCAGUGAUUCUUGUACAAUAACUUAAGUUUUUCUCUUUAUGAGGUUAUCUUAAGGUUAAUUUUUAUUUUUUAUGGUUAAGGUUUUACUGAUAAUACAAGUCAUUUAAAGGUACAUGAUGAAAAAAAAACAAAAGGAAAUCUGUGCUUAAGCAGAUCUGUGAUCUCCAGUUGUAGUCUGUAGAUUUUAAAGGAAAAUCCAAUGAAAUACCUGCAUGAAAACAUCUGUGUUAUAAGAACUGUAUCAAUGGCUGCAAGUUUUCCUUUUGGAUUCCUUUUCCUAAUUGUAAAUCCCCUCUCUCCCCCCCGCCCCCCUCCUUUUUUUCCCCAUUUUAAUUGGCAAAAAAAUCAUAAUGUAUAAUAUUUGUAGUCUGGAGGAACUGUUUGGUAAUUAGCAUGGUUAUUAUUGAUGUAAAAUAUUCAGAAGAUUCAUGAACUUUAGCUGCUGAUGCUGUCAAUUUCAGUAUUUUUUCUUCCAGUUUAGUCAUUCUAGAAAUAACAUCUAAUGUUGUUUCCCACAUCACAACCAAGGAGUUGUUAUAUUUAUUUAACCAGCUCCAUCUGGCUCCCGGUAACUCCCAAAUUUCAUUUUUUUCACAGCCUUGCACAGCGUCCUCCAAUGCAAACAGAAUGCAGAAGGAAAAAAAAAUUACCAUGUGGGUUUUUGUUUGCUGAAAGAAAUGUCUUUAUUGUCGAAGAGAGGAUUCAAUAUUUUUUACAUUGUGUCCUGCCUCAUGAAUUACUGUCUUUGAAGGAAAAAACACAGUCUUCUGGCACAGAUUGAUGCUGUGCUACUUACCUGUGGGCUGUUUCUUGGUUUUGUCUUUGGGCUGAAGGCGGUGAGGUCCAUGAGCUAUAGCAGCUGGUGCCAAGCUUUUAGCUGCCAUGCCUGAAGGCCAUGGUUCUGGGGAAAGUGUGGGUAGGUGAAGUGUUACCAACCAGCCUGCAGCAUCCUGGGGGCCAUUGGUCAAAUACUUGCAUGUUAGGUGACUUGCAAGUCUUUGUUCUAAACUUGCUUUUCCUGCCACAGUGGCAGAAAUGGUUCCUGUGGUCUUACUGCAAACCAGGGAGUUUCUGGAGCUCCUGAAGCACGUACCACGUCUGAAACUUUUUUAAGGUCCACCAUAUCAUCAGGUACUUUAACUUGUCUCUAGUAAGGAUACACAGUGGUCAGGCAUUGCAGCCAGAUGACAAAGAAGGUAGUGGAGUUCCCAUCCCUGGAGAUAUUUAAGGGACAUGUGGACAUGGUGCUUAGGGACAUGGUUUAGUGGUGGAACUCAGUGGUUAAACAGCCUUUUCCCACCUGGAAGGUUCUGUGUUUCUAUGACCUUAGGGAUAGGAAAAGGAGCAAACUGCACUGAGCUGUGAGAAAUGCUGAAGCAAUGGGUGUUCAAAAUAUCUUGUUAAAAGCCAUAGGAAGGAAAGGGUGGAAGACGAUGUUACCACAGCAGAACUAUGUUUUAAUUUGUGAGUGGCGUUUAGAACAUAAGGCGAUUCAGGCUGAUAGUAGACAAAAUCACUCCUCCUGGAGUGAUUGGAGGUUACCCUUUCAAUACAGAGGUAGAGAGGCUUCUCUGUUAGCUUGCUGACUCCCUUCACUGCAGGGAGUAUAGAAAAGCAUUUCUUCAAGGCAGUGUAAAAAGUCCUGUCCAUGAACUGUAGUCAUUUGUAUGAUAUAUAGUAUAGUACAAAAGAGAGUCAUUUGAGACAUUGCAGCUAGAAACAGAGUCACAGAGCAGCUUAGGUUGGAAGGAAUCCCAAAUAUCAUCCAGCUCCAACCCCCAUGCUGUGGGCAGGUUUGCCAGAGUCUAGAUCAGGUUGCCCAGGGCCCCAUCCAACUUAGCCUUGAACACCUCCAGGAUAAAAGUUAUGACAAAUACGUAUAAUGAACAUUUUUUGGAGAAGUCUAAAGCUGCAUUGGUCUGACUAUUCCUAGUUUUAUGAAUAAGUAUGUUGUUCCUAAGGAUAAUAAGUUGCUUUUCUGGGAAACUGAGCUUGUGAAAAUUAAUAUUAAGAUUCAUCUUGGUGUUCUAUGUCACUAUCUGCUUUUGGUGAAGGUUUUGUGAGAUGUGUCGUUUAAUCAGCUGUUUGGAAGAGAAAGGUUCCUUUGCUGUAUUUUUUAGCAUCUCUUACAAGACUGUGUUAUUUCUGCCUGGACUUCUGUAGCUUUGAAAUAAACUUUUAGAUUCUCCAGUCAUCAUUAAUAUUUGGGGGUAUCUGUACUGUAGAAGCAGAAUGAUGCAUUGUUAUUUUGUGUAUUCAGAUCUGCUUUUGAUGUUUCACGAAGCCUGAAAGAGUUCAACGUUUCAGGACAGACUUCUGAAUGAUGUUACUUUUUUGGUGUUAAUUGAAGCCUAAAUCCAUUUUUUUUACCUUUUUUUCUCACUAUCAGUGUAUUUAUUGAUUAUUCUCCAAAAUACAUGAAUAAUCUCAUAUUUUAAGAUUGUGAAAUAGGCAUGUUUUCUCUUACUGACUUUUGCAAACUAAAGCCUUGCUUUCUAAAAUGAUACAGUAUUCUGUGAUUUUUUAAUCUGGAAAAGUUCUUUAUACACAUAAAUGCACUCAGAAAAGGCUUUGUACACAUUGUUGUUAUUAAAUCACUUUGAAGUACAGCAAAGUGUAGAUUGUUCUCACAGUUAAACUCUUCUGUUCUCUUCU